GUCUUGGGCUUCUCUCGGACCAGGCUCGUCCUCUUCCCAGCAUUCGCAUUCAUGUGUGUGCUCUCUCUCUCACGGCGAGACCCGCGUUGUUGUUUGCAUUCGCGCAUUGUCUCCAUUGCAAUCGCACACUCCCUGGUCCCUCAUCCAUGUCCACGCUGGGAAGCAAUCGCACUACAUCAAUCACCUCCCACAGGCCAGUCCUGACUUCGUGUUUUUUGGGUGUAAAAGCUCGCGAGGAGCCGAGAGAAAGAGGAGACAGAAUAGAGAUAUAUUGUGUGUGAUAGAGUUGUUUGUUUGGAAGAGAACUGUGUGACGUGACCUUGAAGGAGAAGCUGUGGGUUUAAUCGUCAUUGAAGGUUGCAAGCGUGAAGGAGCAGCGGGGAGAGAUUUGGUCUGGGGUUUCGGCGGAGGUUAGUUCCGGAGGUGAAGGGGAAUCGUGAUCGUCAUGGGGUGGGAGUGGUGGGGGAGGUUAGAUCACGCGGUGGGGCUCUGAGUGGAAGGGCUCCUUGGGUUCGUUGUGUGCCCUACGAGUGAGUUGGAAGUGGGUAUUUUUUACAGCGGGGAGCGUUUGGAGUGGGUGGAGCUAUGGAAGAGGGGAGACCAGUGACAUUGCACGUGUACGAUGUCACGAAUAGCGGGAAUGUGCGGACGAACAACGCCAUCAUGAAUCUGAAUAAGAUUAUGCGCGGUGGGAUUGGUUUAGGUGGCAUCUUUCAUGGAGCUGUGGAGGUUGAUGGAAAGGAAUGGUCGUUUGGUUAUUGUGAGAUUGGGAGUGGAGUCUUCAGCUGUCUUCCAACGAAAAACCAAAUGUACACGUACAGAGAGAGCGUUCCAUUGGGAAAGACAAGAAAGACAAGGGCUGAGGUACAAAGAGUUUUGGAUGAGCUUUCGCGAGAUUGGCCUGGCAAUGGCUACGAUCUUCUUGCUCGUAAUUGCAAUCAUUUUUGCGAAACCUUUUGUGCUAAAAUUGGAGUUGAUAAAUUGCCGCCUUGGGUAAACAGAUUUGCAAAUGCUGGAGAUGCCGCCAUUGAAGCUGCCGAGAAAACUAUGGAAGGGUUGCGACAAGCAAAAAUGGAGGUGAUGUCAGUGACGAAGAAUGCUAUGCGCUUUAUGUUUGGAUCUGGCUCACCAUCGUCGGAAGAUUCUGGUAAUAAUUCGGGUCGACGUCUCUCCUUCAAUAUGGGAAGCCCAUCAAGGUUAUUGUCUAGAGGUUCACCCUCAUCAUCGCAGAAUGGACGCAGUUGUCGUCAUAGUAGCCAAUCAAGCGAUUCCACAGAGCAGCGCCCUAUUUUACUUCCUUGGAAAGAACGUGCACUAUCAUCCUCCUCCUUAGACAGCCUUAGUCAGACCCCUCCAAGACCUCUAGACUCUCCAUCCAAUUAAUUUGUUCAGUUGUCUGGGUGUUCCUAUCUCCAACUUCAGUAGCCAUACAGCUUAGCUCUGCAAUGCAUCAUGUCUAUCACGCCUUUAGACCCAAGGAAGAUAUUGAUAGGCGAACGGACUCUGAGCCAAGGCCCAGAUCUUUUGGUAGUUUUAUCUGUCAUCGCUAGCUGCCUUCAAGGCGUUGAAAUUUCCUUAGAGAGGUUCAAUUUUUGAGGUUCAAAGUGCCCGCUGUAGUAUACUUCGAGUAUCUUUGUGAGCAUAUUUUGGGUCUUGCUAUGAAGUAGAGGGUAGUUUCCAGGAGAAAACUCUGUCCUAUCUCGCUUUCAACUUUGCAAGGUCCCGCUGAUAGGGUCAUAAAAUGGUUAUUGCAUAGGUCCAAGUCCAUGUAGAUUUAUUCCAGAAUUGUUUUUGUUGUUCGCUAGGGAAUGCAGUGUGUGUAUUGCAGGUGGCGUGUGAAUACCACGUGUCUUUGCCACUAUCUUGUCCGAAUCAACUAGUUACACUGCUCUAGGACUGCGGCUCACAGUGUUUUGUGAUCAUGUACUGUACUUAGUACCCUCUGCUUUUAUCGUCGAUUGGAUGGGAAGUUGAACCUCGUUGGAAAAUGUGACGAUUAUUGGAAAUCAGAAAUUAAAAUGUAGUUCUCGAUCUUAUGAA